UCAGUGUGCACUCAUUCAUUCUAUGAUGCUCGCCUAGUUGAGAGGAGAUUCUCUGUGCCCAGCUCCCGUUGUUUGCGUUAAACUUUCUAAUGAAAUCAAAAAUUACUUUUUGACCAAUUUAGAAUUCGUUCUACUUAGGGUCAAGAGGGAUUCAAGACAAUCACAGAACUUUCCCUGCAAAAGAAAACUUCAGAAUUAUGGAGCCCAAUUGUACUGCGGGAGGGGCUGAGGAAGAGCACCAUGGAAACUACUCACCAAAUCCAUCUGCCGAGGUGGCGCCUGGCAAGCACGCGGUGGCAGAGGCCUUGGAAGAGGUGCAGGAGGAGUUGAUAGAACAUCAACCUCUGGAGCAGGAAGACCUGAACUUCGAGAAGUGGAAGCCGAAGCCAAAACCCAAGAGGACGCUCCACGAGAAAGCGUUCGAUGUGAAGACAUAUCUAUGGAACGCUGAGACCAGAGAGUUCAUGGGCCGCACUGGGCAUAGCUGGUUUCUGAUCAUCCUCUUUUACACUGCGCUGUAUGCCUUCCUGGCGGCCAUGUUUGGUGCCUGUAUGUGGUGCCUCAUGCUGUCCAUCAGCCCCUACCACCCAACCCACAACGACAGGGUGAUGCCACCAGGUAUGACGAUGUCCCCACAACUGGAUGGGCACUAUGAAAUCGCCUUCAACGCCUCCGACCGCAAGUCUUGGAAGAAGUAUGCAAAGCUAAUGGAGGAACAGCUAAGAUCGUACAAUGAUGCCCUACAAGAGCAGAGGAACAUCCAGUGUCCGCAGGAUGCGUACUUCAUGCAGGACGAUCAGGAGGAGAGCGCAGAGAGGAAGUCGUGCCAGUUCAAGAGGUCCUGGCUGGGCGAGUGCUCAGGGCUCCAGGACCCCCACUUUGGCUUCUCCCAGGGGAAACCCUGCAUUCUCCUCCGAAUGAACCGGAUUCUUGGCUAUUUACCUGGUCAAGGCACUCCAGUGAACGUGACCUGUGGAGUCAAGAAAGGAGUGCCAGAAAGCUUGGGAGAACUUCAGUUCUUCCCCAAGAGCAUUUUCAACCUGAUGUACUACCCGUUCUAUGGGAAGCUGAGACACGUGAACUACACAGCGCCGGUGGUGGCCGUGCGCUUCAAUGGGCUGCAGUACGACACCCACAUCGUUGUAAAAUGCAAACUCAAUGGCAAGGGCAUCAUCAAUGAUUCGCCUACCGAUCGCUUCCUAGGCAGUGUGUCCUUCUCCUUUGAUGUGGGCGCAUAGUAGUAUUCCCCAUCCUACUGUUGGUGUGAUGUCCUCAUGACAACCAGGAGACAGGAGAAUAUAGGGGAAAAAAUCUCAUUAUGUUGAAUCCUUGUUUUUCAUAAAAUAGUUGACCAGCUUCUCUCUUCUCCCAUUCCCUCCUGUACCCUUGUGCCUUUUGCUGAAAAUAGGGAAAUAUUUUUGAAUGUUAAUGGAUCAUAAGCACAGACACCUCACCAAUAGUCCUGAGCACAAGUUAAGUAGACAAACGGAAUAUUACCAUUGAAUACUUAGCAAUAUUAAUACCACUAGCUAGGUUUCUGAAAUACAAGGUUCAUCUCACAGAUAUAUUAUUAUACAGUACAAGCUGCCCUAUAGUUAGUCUCUGUAGCUAUGCAAUUCCAUGUAUAAUUUAAGACAUGAAUAGACCAUUAUUAACAGACAGAAACUGUACAAUACUGUACAAUAAGAAUAUAAGCGGAACAUGUUAAGCACAUUUUGAUUUGAAAUCAAAUUCUGUACUAAUUUCUUUUGAUUUUGUAUCUCUCAACAUCAUAUCUAUUGUGUUUUGUAGACUCCAAAGGCUACCACAUGAACAAUGGCAGGACACUUUUACUUACACAGUAAAAAAAGAAACAGUAAAUGACUAGGUUACAUUUCAGGUUUUGUUGUUUGUUAACUCCUUAUUCCACAUGUAUUGAUCAUAUAUAAGCCCUAUGCUGCCAUUUUGUUUCCUUUUCUUUUGUAUGAACACAACAAGACUGCUACUGAGAAUGUAAUACCGCAGGCUGACAUUGAUCCCUAUAUUAGCUGAUGGAAACUAAGAUCUACUCUGUAAACAGACAAGAGUUCACACCGUUGAUAAACUUGUAUACCAGUCUUGCACGCUCUUAACGAAAUAACAGGCUAUUUUGAUAUAGGCCUAUACUUAAUCCUUGUUACUGUAUUUUUGCUAUGAUUCUACUAAACCUGGUAUCCAUGUUGUAUUUAUUCUGAUGUAUACUAUAAUAAAUACAAUGUUGAUAAGAACAAUGUUUUUCCAUAGGAAUGUAUUACCUAAUUGUGUAGCAGGCCAAAAUAUAUUGUUUUAAGUAGUGAUAUAUUUUUUACAUGAAACUCUUUUCUUAUGUUGGUUGUCAAGCAGACUACAUUAAACAUAACCUAUUACACACGCACAAACAAGAUAGGUCUACUUUGCCCAGAUAUGUUCAAAGGCAUUGCAGAAUUAUUUAUUAAUUUUAUUCCAUAAUGUUGACAUGGUGCAAUCAAUUAUCAAAACUGCCUAAAGAAUUGGAAAUUCGAGCUAAGAAAUAUUCGAAUAGUGAGCGUUAUGCCAAUUCAUAUUGUUUAAUAAAACCAUAACACUGUAGGAAAUGUAUACAAUAAACUUGAAACUGAAUUGACUAAAUUAA